CGACCACGACGACGACGACGACGACGACGACGAGGACGUGGAGGAAGGAAGAGGAAAAAGAGGAAGAUUACGACGUGGGUGGUGGGGAAACAACUUGGUGGUGGCGGAGGAGGAGGUGGAAGACUAGAAGUGGUGUUAAGAGAUGCAGCAACAGCCACAGUCUGGCCAACAGUCCGGGGCACCGAACGGGGUGGCAGGUGGUGCCCAAUUGCCGCAAACAGGUGGCAUAGGCUCUGCCCAACCUGGAGCGACAGGUACCGCCACGGCGGCGUCCAAUCGUGCCCAGGUUAACGGUGGCAGAUUCGAUUUCGACGAUGGCGGUUCCUUCUGCGGAGGUUGGGAAGAUGGCAAAGCUCACGGACAUGGCGUCUGCACGGGACCCAAGGGCCAAGGUUUAUACUCCGGUAGCUGGCACUAUGGGUUCGAGGUCUCCGGUAUCUACACCUGGCCUAGUGGGUCGGUUUACGAAGGCCAGUGGCAGAACGGGAAGCGCCAUGGGCUGGGCAUGGAGACCCGUGGCCGCUGGAUUUACCGCGGCGAAUGGACUCAAGGAUUCAAGGGUCGAUACGGUGUCAGACAAUCGACCACGUCCACGGCGAGGUACGAGGGCACGUGGGCGAGCGGAUUUCAGGAUGGAUACGGUUCAGAGACCUACGCCGACACCGGGACGUACCAAGGACAAUGGUUCCACGGAAUGAGGCAGGGGUACGGCGUGAGGGCGAGCGCGCCGUUCGGUUUGGCAAGUCAUUACAAACCGUCGAAUCAAGUCAGGGCUUCCUUGACAUCCUUGAGGAGCGCGGACGACGGCGGGGCUGUAGCACCGACGCCGGAGCCGACCGACAGACGGGAUCGUCGAAUCGGUGACAGUAGGGGUGGCUUCGUGCUGAAAGCCAGGAGCGACAAUCCGCCGACAAGAAGAAAGAGCCUGACGGAGAAAUCCCUGAAGAAAGGCAUCCUCUCGGGACUGAAGAUCCGAAAGCAGAGAAGCACGGGUGAUCUGGAGAAACACGACACCGGUGGCAGUAUUAGGAGCAACGUAAGCACGGCAUCGUGGAUGUCGACGGAAAGCUCGCAGACUCAGGUUUCGGCAUCCGUUCAUACCGACGAAGCGUCCUUUGUCAUCGAGGACGAGCAAAUGGAUGCCUCGGUAACCGAGACGUACUUGGGAGAGUGGAAGAACGACAAAAGAACCGGCUUCGGUAUAUCGGAGCGUAGCGACGGUCUGCGGUACGAGGGUGAAUGGUUCAACAACCGAAAGUACGGCUACGGUGCGACGACGUUCCGCGAUGGCACCAAGGAAGAGGGCAAGUACAAGAACAACGUGUUGAUCACCAGCCAGAAGAAGAAGCAUAUGUUCCUCAUGAGAUCGGCCAAGUUCCGUGAGAGGAUAGAGGCUGCGGUGAACGCGGCUCAAAGGGCAAGCAAGAUCGCUCUGCAGAAGGCGGAUAUCGCGAUCUCGAGAACGGCCACUGCGCGAGGCAGAGCAGAGUUAGCGGACACAGCUGCCGAGCAGGCUAGAGAGGAUUCGGAACUGGCUCAGCAAACGGCCAAACAGUUCGCGCCUGACUUCCGGCAACCUGGCCUGGAGAGGUUACGAAACAGAGAGAUACCGAAGUACGUGCCACCACCGCAGGACACGGUGCCAGGGAAGAGCAUUCUUCACAAGACGGCCAACGUGGAUCAGCCAGGGAGCACGCCUACGAAGAGUCCGACCUCUGACACAACGUCUGGGACGACCACGUCUGCGACAUCCACGGCGAGCAACGUGAUGCAGUCUAUCAGGAGGGCCAGCAUGAAGCCGCAGAGCCAAUUGUCGCAAAACCAACUGCUGAGCAAUCAAUUGCAGCAGAAUCAGCUACAGCAGAAUCAGUUACCGCAGAAUCAGCUGUCGCAGAGCGAAUUAGCGAAUCAGGUGACCCCGGCUCAACUGGUGAACCAGCUACCUCUGAAUCAGUUAAACCAGACCACGUUGGGCGGCCAAAAUCUUUAUCAGACGCAGUACCCUCAGAUGGCUCAGAGUCCUAUGCAGCAGGUCCAGUAUCCUAACAGUAUACCGAAUCAGUAUCAGCCACCGAGCCAGUUCCAAGGCGGUCCAUACGCCCCGCAGAAUCAAUAUCAACCCAUGAAUCCACCUCAGGGCGAUCAGUAUUUGUAUCAACAGCAGCAGCCGAUCGGGCCGCAGGGGUAUCAGGGCAUGCAGGGUUACCCUGGCCAACAGGCGCUACCGAAUCAAUACGGGCCAAGUCAUAUGAAUCAAUACAAUUCCCAGCAGCUUUACGGGCAGCCCCAGCAGCAGCAAUUACCACCCCAACCGCAAACCCAAAUUCCACAACAGUACCAGCCUGACGGUGUUGGAGAUGCACAACGACCACCGAGUUCCUCGAGUAUACGAAGAAAUAGCAGAGUUCUAACCGCCCAGGAUCGACCCAACACUAUCGGGCAAACGCUGAACGACAGGCUAGACCACUAUAAGAGGCCGCCCAGCCGGGACAGUUCCGUGGAUCGUUACGCCAGAGCGCAUUCCCGGUUGACUGGAUCGAGACAGCCGUCCGUCGAUAAAAGCAUCACGAAUCCGCCCCAGGACAUGCUCGACAGGUGA